GCGGCAAUGGCCGUGAUAUAUCGCGCCAAAAAAGACGGGACCGUCUGGGCCGCUCUGGUCUCUGAGCUGAUUAGCUCGAGCGCCAACUUGCGUUUCAGCAAGAACAGGCGCACAUCAGCUGAGCAAAAGUGAAACACAAUCACGACGCACCUUUCCUCCACCCGCGUCCACUCAGCUUGCGUGUUCAUCCCCGUGGCGCGAAGAGAGCAGGAGGGAGGGGAAGGUGGGCACACUGCAGCAUCACCAAAACCUUCCCAGCACCUUUCUGGACAAUCUGGUGCACCCCUUCCUGGCACCGAUGCCUCCAGCUCACGAUUGAACCUCGGCCUAUACAAAUUCCAAAACAUCGCCACGUGAAUCGCCACGGAAUCAAGUCGGUUGAAGUCAAAGCGCAAUCCUGGGCCGACCAUGGUCGCGGGCCUGCCACGAAGAGCUUCUCAUGGUCAGCCCGCGAAGUGGCCGAAUAAAUUGUUCAGCUACGCAUCUCACUCGACGUCUCAACAACCUCGGUGUCGUCGGCUUCAAUGGCCUGUGAAAAUGAAUGCUGUCGGAUCUCUAAACCUGAUUGAACUCUGUCUUCCUCUGGCAGUGGUGGUGCUGCACCUCGGAGCACUAAGUCAACGGCAGUGUUCAGAAAGGAAAAUCCAGAGAAACAGACGCUGAGCAAUCCAUUUUGACUUAGACGACCGGUGUAAACAGCAGCCACAGUCGUGGCAGCAAUCUGGGGAAGAUCGGCCAGAACUUUUGCUGCAAACGCGGCCCUGCGAAUCCAGGAGAUGUCGAGAAAAGACAUCGGGGCAGAAAAGCACUGCAUGCCGAAAGCCCUGCACGUCAGCACCUCCAGCGAACCAGGAGCUGUGCACGCAGACAGGGUGACCACCGGCGUGGCGACUGAACUGUUCGUCCUCAUCCAUGCUCUGGGCCCAGCCCCGCUUUUCAGCCAUCGGCCCACGAAUGCGCAUGUGAGCGUCAUGGCCAAAGGAAUCUUGAAUACCAAUGCAGCAGUGCAAACAGUAGUUGUGCUUUUCAUGAUCGGAACCAAGACUGUCCAGUGUUGCGCAUUAUCCCACGCAUAGAGGAUUUGAGAAACAAGCGUGAGUAUUGGAGUUAGAAGGUUAAGCAAACGCAGAUGGUUCUUCUUGGGUUCAUCUUGGGCCAGGUUGCGAUUUGAAAACUUGUCCAACAGAAAAAGCAACAAUCCAAUCAAACAGGUGCAUCCUACGCUUAAUAUACCCAUGAACACAAGUGGAAAGGGCUUCAAGUAGGCAAGCGAACAAUCCCUACCUCCCCACGGGAAGAAGCAGUCGCAUCUGCUGCCAUGGCAUGCGCCUCGGCCAUGGCAGCCAGAGAGAUUGCUUGAGCACUGACAUGAAGUAGACAAGCUUGGCAGACUGUUUAUUGCGUUAGGCAUGUCCAUACAUUCGCCUAUGCUCAGAUCCCAUCCGCAAUGUGGGCCAUACGAUACUGGCGUCAUGCAAUCCUCGCACGUGUUUCGCAGCGCGCACCGAAGUCUUACAGUGUUGUGUCCGCGCAAUGCUACGGAUACUAGCUUCACUCCACGGUGCCUAGGGUCUUGGACGUCAUUUUCCCUACUGUCGAAAAAUAUCUGAUUUCCGCAGGCUAACUGUGGAUAGAGCUCUCUGAUGCCAUUCUUCUGGUCUUCUUGGACUUCCUUGCCUGUCGCAACGUUAUCUACAAAUGUGCAAUCUUGUAGACUCAACGCUGCUCGGUAUUGCAAAGGUUGACUAUCACUCGCCGAUGAAGCCAACCGUAUCGCACUACCAGCUUCAGCAGGACCAAGAGCGCUGUUUCCCUGGAACAGUGUUCUCCUGAGGGUCACAUUGAUAGCCUGCAGAUAUAUGGCUGCGCCACCACCGCCUCCCAUAGUGGUUUGGCCGCAUUCCCGAACAUUUGCACUGUUGUUUACAAAUGUGCAUUCGUCGAAGAGCACCCUGGGGGCAACUUCGGCAACAUACCGAGUGUAAUUCAUUAAUUGUUGUGAUGCAAUUGCCUGCGCCAACACUGCUCCCCCAAGACCGGCAGUACACGCUGGGAGGGCGUGAUUCUGCUUGAAAGUGCAUUGUGUGAAGACGCCCGGAACAUCCUGCAGGAACACAGCAGCUCCCUGGCCUCCCAUCGUUUUUGAAUUUUCGGCGUAAUUCCCUUCAAACGUGACGUUCCAAGCGUUAAUGUGCGAGAACUCCAUUGCCGGACCAUUCCUGACACUUUGCAUUGAUAUUGCACCGCCCUGGCCAGAGUUACCAUUCAGGGACCAGCUGCCAGCAAAAUUAGAUGAGAAUCUGGAACUUCGAAUUGUGACGUUGGCACCAAUUGCUCCAAGUGCGCCACCCAACGUUUGAGACUGGACAUCGAACUCUGGUAUGAUGACGCUGUUAUUAUGGAACAUGCACCCGUCGAACAACGCACUCCCCACAAUUCCGCCUAAACAAACAGCCCCACCCAAACCACCCUCAAUUCCGACCCCGUGAUGCACAAUGUUGCUCGUGAAACUUGUCUGCAGGAAUUCUACAGUUGCUAAACGAACGCCCACUGCUCCGCCUUCUCCUCCCCUGUAUUUCAUUUGUCCUUCUGGAAAUACUGCGCCGUUGCCUUCAAAUGAGCAUUGGGAAAAGUACGAUGUGCCUUGCAGCACAGCGACGGCACCUCCCCUAGGCGCGUCGCCAAUGGCGCUGUUACCGAAGAAAUGGCAGUCGUAGAAAGUUGCGUUGCCUGCAGACCUGAAGUAGAUAGCGCCACCAUUGCCACCAUCAUGACCACUAAUGGUAUCCUCCAGAGUCGCAGCGACGUUCCGCUCAAAAGACACACUUGUGCAAGUGAUGCUGGCCCCCGACAAGAUCUGAAUCGCGCCUCCUGCUCGGACUGUAUACUUCCCUGGCUUAUCAUUGUACUCGGCAAAGCCAUGUCUUAGUGUAAGGUUGUGGAGCUCCAGCUUUGCACCAUUGUCCACCCUGAAAAACGAGUGCGAGCCCGCGCCGUCCAGGAUCGAUUGACCCACCCCGUCGCCAACAACUAUCACAUGCAUGUUCAUACCCGAAAUGUUCAGUUGAGUAUUGCCGUAGCCGCUGAACACACCAGGCCCCAAGACGACACGCCGGGUGACGCACGACAUGGGAAGCUCCUCCAAGCCUGAGCCAAUCGUGUCGUGGCCAGUCUGAGGAUCAAACAGCUCUAGCUCUUCGGGGCGAUCGUCCACGCGCUGAAUGGUGCGACUGACAUCACCACAGCUAGGAGAUACUCGAACAGUGCAUCUAUCCACAAGCACUGCUCCACAUGUGAACACACACAGAAACGCAAGCCAAAUGCACAUUGCUGGGAAACAUGCAGUACUGGCUGGAGCCGGAAACGGACCUUGAGCCCAAAUGACUAUGGUCUCG